AUGUACUUAAGUAAAGUAAAGAGUAGUAAAAAAGAGUUAAGUGCAGUAAAGUUUAGUAAUUGCAGUGAUUGUGAUACAUUGUAUACUUUAAAUAAGAAACAUUUUCUUUAUUAUAAGGAACCGACAGUUUUAAAGUAUUUGAUUUACAUAGAUCAACAAGUUAAAGAGUAUGCAUUGAAUCACUUGUUUUCAGAAUCUCUCAAUAUGUUCCAUAAGAAUAUCAGCAUGUAUGAAUAUUUUGUUUUCGAUAACGGAAAAACAAUCAUUUAUGCCACAAUUGAAUGGUUUAAUGAUAUUCAUUGCAACCUUCCAGUUCUCAAAAUUCUCAAUCGAUUCAGUAAAACAUUAUUGAAAUGGGAAAAUUUACUGAAUUAUUCCGAUAAAUUUAUUGACUUUUAUGGAUGUGAGAUAGUGUUUAUGGUUCCAAUCGACAGUAACCGAUGGAAUCGCGCAGUUGUGAACAAAGAUGCUACAAAAUUUGAAAUUUUUGGAAUUGCUCCGAUUGUAUUUCAAGAAAUGUCAACAAGAUUCAAUUUCAUUGAUGAUUAUCAGCCAGUCAGUAUUAAGUCAAACGAAGAAUUCCUUAUGACCAACAAAAUUGCCAUAAUUCAUAUUAACAACGACUUUAAAGUUCCGCUUGUAUAUUUUGAUAUCUUUCAAAUUACAUAUCGUGAUGUAUUUUAUCAUACGACAACACCAUUUCUGGAGAAUCAGAUUAAAUUGUUGCUUACGCCUGAAGAGCCAUACACCAUCUACGAAAAAUUACUUUUGCCAUUCGAUCAUCAAACAUGGAUUAGUAUCUGUGUCACUUUUUUAAUUGCCUUUGUGACUGUGUUCAUCAUUAAUCUAUUUUCUGAUAAUAUUCAUGAGCUAGUUUAUGGUAAAGGAGUUGACACGCCAGCACUGAACAUAUUGAGCACGUUCUUUGGAAUAUCAUUAAAUGUUUUACCAAGAAAAUACUUUCCACGAGUUCUUCUUAUGUUAUUCAUCUUUUUUUGCUUAGUCAUUCGGACUUGUUAUCAAAGUAAACUGUUUGAGUUCAUGACAACACUGAUGAGACGACCACCUCCACAGAGCUUGGAUGAUUUAAUUAAGAGGAACUACACGUUAUACGUACAUGAAAAUCACAUAUUUUAUAAAGAAUAUAUGAUUGAUGAAGUUGGGGUGAAUUAUAAAAAUGCUAAUUUCAAUGAGUUCCUUAAUUUAUAUGCUAAUUAUUCACAAAACGAAUCAAUUAGAGCUGCCUUACCAGUUUCGUCAGUAUUUCAACAUUUUCAAGAAUCUGUUGACAAAAAAAGCUAUCAUUGGCUUGAACUGAACAAUCAACUUCUCUUCGUUAAUCAUUAUGGAUUUGCAUAUUAUGGACUCACUUUUUUCUCAACUGCUCUGCAACAAACUGUCAAUCAAUUUAUUUCGUCGGGAAUUCUUCAACAUCUUUUUGAUACAAAUUAUAACAGGAAAUUUUCUUUCCGGUUUGAACAAAACUCUCCGACUGUUCUCACAUUACAUGCUCUUGCGUUUGGAUUUUAUAUCUGGCUUGCAACUUUCGGGAUCUCAAUUGUGGUAUUUAUAAUUGAGAUCUCAGUGUGGAUGCUUAAAAAUAGAAAAUCAAGAAGUGCUGGAAAAGAUAACAAAAAAUAUCAAAAGUAUCAUAAACGAGUAAAAUAUUGUAAAGUAUAUCCAAGUAUGUUUGAUAGUAGCCAAACUCAAAACGAUAUUAUUAAACCAGCAACUUUAAAAAAGUUCAAAGUUCACAAAAAUAAUUCAACAUCUAGCAAGAAAUGGCCUAAACCAGCCACAAUAUUGAACGCUUAA